GUACUUCGUACUUAACAGAUAUAGUAUGGUGGUCUGGCACUAUUGCAAUGGCUCUGGGUCAAAUAGGGAAUUUCUUGGCCUACACUGCAGUCCCAACUGUGCUAGUGACGCCCCUGGGAGCUCUUGGCGUUCCAUUUGGGUCCAUUUUAGCUUCUUACUUACUGAAAGAAAAACUGAACAUUCUUGGCAAGCUGGGAUGUUUGCUGAGCUGCGCUGGGUCUGUUGUUCUCAUCAUCCAUUCCCCAAAGUCCGAGAGUGUAACAACUCAGGCUGAGCUGGAAGAGAAGCUUACAAAUCCAGUUUUCGUGGGUUAUCUCUGCAUAGUGCUGCUAAUGCUUCUCCUGCUUAUCUUCUGGAUAGCUCCAGCUCAUGGACCUACUAAUAUCAUGGUUUAUAUCAGUAUUUGCUCUCUGUUGGGCAGUUUCACUGUUCCCAGCACGAAAGGUAUUGGGCUGGCUGCUCAAGAUAUCUUUCACAAUAACCCCUCGAGUCAAAGGGCUCUGUACCUCUGUCUGGUACUUCUGGCAGUAUUAGGAUGUAGCAUUAUCAUUCAGUUCAGAUACAUCAAUAAGGCACUGGAAUGUUUCGACUCCUCUGUGUUUGGUGCCAUCUACUAUGUUGUGUUUACCACCUUAGUCCUGCUGGCUUCAGCCAUCCUUUUCAGAGAAUGGAGUAAUGUAGGAGUGGUAGAUUUCUUGGGAAUGGCUUGUGGAUUCACCACCGUAUCUAUUGGAAUUGUUCUUAUACAAGUCUUCAAGGAAUUCAACUUCACUAUCGGGGAUUUAAAUAAACCUAACAUGAAGACAGAUUAA